AUGGACCGAUGGAGAAAAAUUCUGGGGGAUUGCGAGUUCAGGGAGGCUACGGGGUACUGUGAUGCCAACCUGGAGAAUGAAGUGGUUAUUUUGGAAGAGAAAAAGCCAGAUGGUGAGGUGCGGGCACGAGAAGAGUUGGUGCGGUUGAAGGCGGAGCUAGCAAGAUUGCAGAAGGGUUUGCAGGAGGAGUAUGGAGAGGGGCUGCAAGACCGCAUCAAAAAAAGCCACGAAAAUGCUCUUGCCAGGCUCGAGGUGUUGAAGAGAAAUGGCAGUGCGGAGGUGCAGGGUAUGGCGGAAGCGUUAGGCCAGCACUUGAAAGACUUCGACAGACUAAGGCGGGAGUACUGGCCACACUGGAACAUCAACAGUAAAUACACAGGAAAUCUUUCUGAUAAGGCAAGCUCAGCGUUGGAGAUCUUCAUUAUUCCGUUGGUGUUGAGAAAAGCCACCAUUGAGAAGAAAGCGCCAAGCUAG